AUGUUGAAGGUUAUGGAUGAAAUAGUAAGUGGAUUUUCAGUGGUAAAAAUAAAAAGAGAAGCGCUAACAAAAUAUGGUGAAAUAUCUACUCCCACGGCCAAUCCAACUGAGGCGUCCGUUUUUACCACAGCUAAUUUCGAAGAUGAAGAAGAUGAAGCUACCACCGUCUGGGAGACGGAUGUUAAUGGAAUCACAGAUGAAGACAGCACUGGCCUUAGUUGUUUGAGUUUAAUUGUAUCUUUUAUAGCACCCACCACUAAGCCUACGUCCAAUUUGCUAAUAAAAUGCGAUACUUGCCCGGAAAACGUUGCUUGUGUGCCACAAAUUCAAUGCCCCGCACACGUGCGUAUGAUGGACCACGAAAAGCCGCAGAUUUGUGAUCUUCCUGGUGGUAGUUAUGGCUACUGCUGCGUCACUGGACAGAAUCACACAGCAAUUCGUCCUGGCAUCGAACGUACACCAUUCGCUGCUGUCCUUCCUAUGUCGGUGGUGGAAGAAUCGCGUCAGAAGUUCGAACAACUAAUGAAAAAUGUGGCUAAGCUGCCAGUUCGACGCGGUCAACCGGAAUUUUUGCAUAGCAUAACCUUUCACUCCAAUUCAUUCGAUGAUAAACAUAACUUUCAUUUGUCUAAUUCGGCUGUGCAGCAAAUUAUUGCAGGCCAAUUGAUCUCAAAAAAGGAAGAUAUUCCUAUGGAUGACCUCAUCACAAACAAUGUUCAGGUAGAUUUUAGGAAAACUCCGUUGGCACACCACUGCUCUGCACCGCACAAGUGUGCCGAUCCGAAUGCACGCUACCGUACCUUGGACGGCACCUGCAAUAAUCCGCUGCCCCAUCGUUCGCGCUGGGGUUCAGCUGGUCAGCCAAUGGAACGUUUACUACCACCAGCUUAUGAAGAUGGCAUUUGGACGCCGCGUAUGCAUUCCGUGGACGGAUCUGAACUGAUGGGUGCCCGCGAAGCGUCACGUCGCCUAAUGGCAGAUGUAUACAGCCCGCAUCCAAAGUACAACUUGCUUGUGAUGCAGUUUGGUCAGUUCUUAGCUCACGACGUCACACAAUCGGCUUCAGUGCGUUUAGAGAAUGGCGAGUUGGUAGAAUGCUGUACAGCAAGUGGAGCUCACCCUUUGCCGCCACACAAACGUCACUUUGCCUGCAUGCCGAUUAUAGUGGAGCACGACGAUGACUUCUUUAGCACCUUCAAUGUGAGCUGCAUGAACUUCGUGCGCCUCUCCCUCGCUCCCAAUACAGAAUGCAAAGUGGGCUAUGGCAAGCAACGCAGCAAAGUGACACACUUCAUUGAUGCUUCCACGGUGUAUGGCUCGAAUGAGCAAUCGAUGCGCGAAUUACGCGAGUUUCAUGGCGGUCGACUUAGUAUGUCCAAUGACUUUGGUCGCGAGCUGUUGCCAUUGAUUAGCGACAAAAAUGCGUGUGAAAGCGAUGAUCCUGGCAAGACGUGCUACAAAUCGGGUGAUGGACGUACAAAUCAAAUAAUCUCCCUCAUUACCUUGCAUGUACUCUUUGCCCGCGAGCACAAUCGUAUCGCUGGCAUUCUGGCACGCCUCAAUCCUCAGCUAAGCGACGAGAUAUUGUUCCAAGAAGCGCGGCGAAUAGUCAUUGCGGAGCUGCAGCAUAUAACUUAUAAUGAGUACCUGCCAGCAGUAAUUGGACCACUGGAGAUGAAGAGAUUCCGUUUGGCACCACAACAUCAUGGCUAUGCCAAAGGCUACAACCUCGACGUGAAUCCCGCUAUUACCAAUGAAUUUUCGGGGGCAGCUUUUCGAAUGGGGCAUUCUACUGUUGAUGGAAAAUUUCAUAUACACCAGGGUGAUAAUAAGGUGGAUGAAAUCAUCAACAUUCCCGAUGUGAUGUUUAAUCCUUCGCGCAUGCGCAAACGAUCCUUCUACGAUGAUAUGCUGCGAACCAUGUUUACGCAGCCAAUGCAAAGAGCUGAUAGCUUCAUAACGCAUGGCCUAAGCCGCUUUCUGUUCCGCGGUCAUAAUCCCUUCGGCUUGGAUUUGGCAGCUUUCAAUAUACAACGAGGCAGAGAUCAAGGGCUUCGUAGCUACAAUGAUUACUUAGAAGUGAUGGGGCACAGAAAAUUACGCAGCUUUCACGAGUUACCUGAAAAUACGAGUAAACGGCUCGCUGAAGUUUAUCAUCAUCCUGACGACAUUGACCUCUGGGUAGGUGGCUUGUUGGAGAAUUCAGUGAAGGAUGGUAUUGUUGGCAAUACGUUUGCCGAAAUAAUCGCAGAUCAAUUUUCCCGUUUCAAACAUGGCGAUAGGUAUUUCUAUGAAUAUAGCAAAAAAGUGAAUCCGGGCGCAUUCACUAUUAACCAGCUGCAUGAGAUACGCAAGGCGACGAUGGCUCGACUGAUUUGCGAUAAUGCCGAUCACUUGACGUUGAUGAAAGUGCCGCCGGCGGCCUUUGUCCGCGCCGAUUUCCCCCUAAAUGAGCCGUUGCACUGCGACAGCGUUCAAGUACCCGUCGUCGAUCUAACGGCCUGGCGCGUGUGA